UUCAAUGCUGCCUGUUUCCUACUUUCGUAAGAAAGCCAAAAAGAUAAAGCCUGAUUGAUAAAAUUCCACACACAAUCACGCUUUGAGUUUUGAAGUGCCACGGCCAUGUAAAAAUUUUCUCAAAUUUUACCUCAGUUUAAUUAUUUUAUCGGAAAAUACAUCAUACUAAAAUCUAAGAAUGGCGCCUAAGGGGAAUAACCAGAUUCCUAAUGGCCAUUUCCAUAAAGACUGGCAGAAAUAUAUCAAGACUUGGUUCAACCAACCUGCCAGAAAAUUCCGUAGGCACAAGGCUCGUGUACAAAAAGCCAGAUCCAUCGCUCCGAAACCCGCAGCUGGACCUUUGAGACCAAUUGUCCAUUGCCCAACUGUACGUUAUCACGCUAAAAUUCGACCAGGACGUGGAUUCACAUUAGAAGAAAUCAAAGCCGCAGGUUUAAAUCCAGGAUUCGCUCGUUCGGUCGGUAUCGCUGUUGACCAUCGUCGCCGCAACAAGUCAGUCGAAUCAUUACAAGUUAACGUUCAAAGAUUGAAGGAAUACAAAUCGAAAUUGAUCAUCUUCCCGAAACACGCUAACAAGAAAUUAAGGAAAGACGAAGCUACCGAAGAAGAAAGGAAAGUAGCCACUCAAUUGAAGGGAGAAGUAUUACCAAUUAUCCAACUGAAGAAACUUGACAAACCCAGAGCUAUUACUGCUGGCGAAAAACGAUUCAAUGCUUUCUCUGUAGUGAAACAGGCUCGUGAUGACGCUAAAUUAUUCGGUAUCCGAGAGAAAAAGGCGAAAGAAGCUGCUGAAAACCCCGAAUACGCCAAGAAACUGGCUGCUGAAAAAGCUUCCAAGAAGAAAGGAAAGAAGAAAUAAACAUUGAUGUGAACCUUCGUUUUUUAUAUUUUAAUUAAACUGAUUAAUAAGAAAAAAUAUUAAAUGUGUUUGAUUUUA